ACACUGCUCCACUCAGACUAGCUGUUGGCAUCUAUUGACAUUAUUUCCUAUAUCCUUCGCACAUGCCCUAAGCUGUGGAUCUUUCUCGCGGAGAAUACCUUUAGUGUUGACUCCUCCUUUGUGCAUACAACAAAGCCAAGCCCCAUCCCACCUGACCUACUCAACCUGUCUGACCGUUCAACAACGUCCUGUCACAUAGUAGCCUGCUAAUUGGCGCUCGACAAAUCGUGGGGUGAUCACUGGAUCUCACAGGGCACGAGACCGAAAUUGCUUCGUUGCAGGCGCGAUUCGACGUUUUGCUGCUUGCCGGCCAUGGUCUCUGGAUGAGCUGAGAACAGAACUACCUCCGGCCAUCUUAUCGGGCCGCUCCAACACUCAUACGACGAUCCGUUGCAACUAUGGCGCCCUACGAUAUGGCCAUUAUAACCUCCGCCCUGGAAGACCGUUCUCUCGAAAAGCGAUACUCCGCAGUCGAAGACAGCAUGGAUCCGCUCACCCCAGUCUACAGGGCGGGGCUCAUUCCCCUCGGUAUCUUUGCCAUGAUGAGUUUACUAUCAGUUACGGCCCUGCUAGGAUUCAUCACCCAACGAAUGAUCUCGUGGCGGAGACACUACAGACAAUACGUCGGAUAUAACCAAUACGUUAUCCUCAUUUACAAUCUCUUAAUCGCAGAUCUGCAACAAUCCAUCGCAUUCUCGAUAUCCUUCCAUUGGCUUCGAAUCAACAAGAUCGUAGCACCUACUGGCGCAUGUUUCCUCCAGGCCUGGUUCCUGCAAAUUGGCGAUGUCGCAAGCGGUUUCUUCGUCCUCGCAAUCGCGAUACACACCUGGUUGGGCGUGGUCAAAGGAUACAAACUGCCAUACUUUUGGUUUGUGGUGUCCAUUCUUUCGAUCUGGUUUUUCGCAUUGAUCCUCACGGUAAUUGGACCGGCGAUGUACCAAGAGCGAUACUUCGCUCGUGCUGCAGGAUGGUGCUGGGUCUCCCACAACUACCAAAGCGAAAGGCUUUGGCUACACUACCUGUGGAUCUUCAUUGUUGAGUUUGGCACAAUCAUCAUUUACGCCCAUGUCUUCUUCCACCUGCGCGGCCGCAUCCGGAGUAUCAUCGCGAACGACACUAGCAAACUCACACGCGCGACCAAGUUCAUGGUCAUGUACCCUUUCGUAUACGUCCUCCUCACACUGCCCAUAGCUGUGGGCCGCAUGGUAGCGAUGACUGGUCAUCCAAUGCCAGAACUCUUCUACAUUGUUGCUGGCUCGCUUCUCACAUCGUGCGGCUGGAUCGAUGCGCUCCUGUACACCUUGACACGACGGGUUCUAGUCUCUGGAGACUUGAGCACAGGGCACUACAACAGAACAGUCACUGCGACCCUCACGAACGCGGCACGACCAGGCGACGACGAUCAUUACGGCUUACAUUCCAUGAGCAACAAAGAACCCCUCACAUCCACUGCCCGCACCGUCACCAUAGUAGGCGGCAGCAACAGGCUAUCACGAAUAGUGGAUCACCGCCGCGGGCGCAGUUACACAACGCGGUCACGACUCGAAGACACGCUACACGAGGACGAUAGUCCAACACGAGCAGGAUCACAAGAUUCGAUAAUCAAGAACACACCCCAGGGGAACGGCAUCAGCAUUAUCACAGAGACAAGUGUGCAGGUGGAGACUGCUGAGGACAAAGAGUUCGAAGCGGGAAGGCCACGAUCAAAAGACUGGAAUGAUAACUACAGUCGAAGGUCAUCAUGAGACGGUAUACUUUACAUACCCUUGACCUAGUCUUAACGACGUGGUCAUGUUAGUCUAUCCGCAGAAAUACCUGCACUGCACACCGACCCCGUUGUCCCUACCUCGACUCGAUACUACUUGUACACUACCGUUUGUUCAGCACGAAAAGCGUAGGCGUUGGACUGGCGCGACUUACUGUUUCCUUUGUUUCUAAGCUAUGUCGUACUACACUGUCUACCAAGAGGUAGCAUUGAGAUACCCGAAUACAAAUAACAACUACAAUUUUCAACGUACACUCAUCCAACUUAGUCUACCGUUCCACAACAUGUCAGUGUCUGAGUUCGAUGUGAAAGCGCAGUACCGUCUACGCUGGUAGAGGGCAACAGUACUAC